AUGGGUGCGAAGAGAUAUUCGAGGAAAAAUGAUGAUCUCAGUCAAUGUUCUUCACAAAUUGUUACCGCAAUCGAUACAUUUACUGCAUCUGAUUAUCUUGUUGGUGAUUCAAUGGAUAAUAUAGAAGGAAUGUUACGAUUAUUAAUAAAUAAUCCACGUAAUUUAACAAUUUUUAAAUAUCCAAAUGAUACUACCCGAAGAAUAAGUGUUGAGUCAAUUGCGCCAAAUGCGCAAAAAGUUCAAACAAAAACAGCCUCUAUCAUUCGUUGUUUUAGUGCUGAUUCAUUGUUACAAACAAAUCAACAAUUUAUGCGGCAUUCAAUGCAAGGCCUAAAAAAUACACAAAAUAUUGAACCACAAACAAGUUCAUCAUCUAUUGCUGCACCACAUGUAUUUAUCAUUGGUCCAGUAAGAGUGCAAACAAUACAAAAAAUUGAUGGACGAUUAAUGGAUAAAUUAUUUAUUGAUGAAAUAUUAGAAUUAUAUGGUUCAGGUGUAAAAUAUCCAAGCAAAGAAUUAAUUAAUAUAAAACCUAAAAUUCUAAAAUCUCUUCCAACGACUACAAAAAAUAUUCCAAUAACAGUACAAGCUGUUCGUGUUGGUAGUGAUUAUGUAAGAAUUGAUCGAAAAAUGGAAAUUGAUCGAUCUAAAAUCAAAUUACAAUCAGUUGCAAAUACCAAAGAAUUAGUGAAAUUUGGUGGUGCUGAAAUGAUCGACGAAAAUGAUGAAAUUAAACCAAUUCGUAAAUCAAAAUCGGAAGCUACCAUUUUUAAAAUACCAAUUUUUAAUUUAAUUGGUUCAUUGGUAAUUACAGCAUUUCAAAAUACAAUUUAUGAUAGUAGCGGUAGUUAUAAAAUAUACGAAGAAAUUGAACUUCGUGCUGAUAGAAGUACUGCAAAACCUGAAAUUGCGGUUGUACCAUUUCUUCGAAAGGUAUCAGUGUUACCAAAAAAUAAGAAAGAUCAAAUACCAAUCAAAUAUCAGGAAGAUAUUCUUAUAGGCUAUAAUGUGAUGCUUAUCAAACGUCUAAUUGAAAUUAAACCUUCGUUUAAAAAACAGUUUUAUAAUUUUUCAUUAAACGAAGAACGAAAUUAUGUCACUGAUAAGACUAUUUCUACUCCAAGUAGUAUUACCGAAUCUGUACCAUCAAAUAUUGGAAAACCAAAAAUGCUUGUUUUACAAGAGCCACCUAUUAGGACAGAUUUUACAAGAUUAAGUAGUGGUUCAGCCGAACAGGUAUUUUAUCAUCCGGUUGAACCGGUUGAUAAAAAAGAUCACAAAACGGAAGAAAAUUUACAAACAGCAAUUGGUUCAUCUGAUAUAAUUAAUGAAGAUCGUGGUAUUGUCAAAACAUUUGACAAAUUUCAGAAAAUUGCAAAGAGUACAAAGCAUCGUAAGUUAAAAGUUGGUAAAUCACCUACUGAAGCUUUCCUGAAUGCUGAAUUACACACUUCACGUCCGUUACGUAACACUUCAAAACCGGAAAAUCCGGAAACUAUUGAUUAUGCAUUACAAGCUCAUUCUGAUUCACUACGUACCGGACAAUCAAUUAGCACAGAAAGUACAAAAAAUCCGAAACAAAAUCAAUUAGCAGAUCAAGAUGAAUCAAAACAAUUCAAAGAAUCCAUUUCAUUUGCAAGCAAAGCAAAGCAUUCAUCAACAAAUGAAGCAAUCGAUUCAAAUUCAAAAAUGAAUCAAAUUUCACAUCCAACCACGCUGAAGACAGCUCGUUUGUCUAACUCAUUUCGACCCAUUUAUUCAUCACCGAUUCAUUCUUUUGCAUCCUUAUUUUCAUCUAAACGAAAUCAUUUACAAAAAUGUCUUCCUGAUAGCUCUGAAAUGGGAUUAAUUUCAUCUUCCAGUUCUACUUGCAUAAGUAAAGAUAAUUCUUUGUUGAAUGAAAAGAAGAAUAUUUCGAGAAAUGCGCAAAAAGUACCAUCCAUUCAUUCCAUAUCUAAAGAUCAAAUUUUCAAAUACAACAAAUCAUCGCAUUUUUUCGGGAAUAUAGAUGAUAAAAAUGAUAAUGAAAAAUCAACCGGUAUUCGAACUGCUCGUAGCAUUCCGGAUCAGCUAAUAGCAACAGCAAAAAGUUCACGUUUUCCUGAAACUGAUGAACAAGCAGCAUUAACUGCAUGUGAAUUAUCGCAAGAAUUAUUGAAUCGUAGUAGAAGCGCAAAAAAAGAUAAACAACAACAUCUCAUUAAAACAACCGGAAAUUUUCCUGAUACGCAAAUUUCAUCACGGAAAAUAUUUUCGACCGUACAACCAACACAUAUUAGCAGUUCUUCAUUAACUGGAAUUAAAUCAAAGAAUUUAAAGUUACCUUCAAUAUCACUAGAACAAGAAAGGAAAAAUGUUUCUAUUGUUUCCGACAGAUGUCACCAUGCCAUGUCACCAAAACGAAAAUAUGGUUUAUUACCACCAACAUCAAGUAUCAUAUCAGCUACACCUAAAUAUUCCUCAAAAAGUCGCAGCGGUGAAAAUGUCACCUCAAAAUCAUUAAUGUCAUCGCAAAUAUCAAAAGAAACAUUCUCAGAUAUUGAUAAGAAAGUACACGUAAAAUCUAAGAAAACGUCAAAAGAAAUUCAAUCACUUGAAUCACGUUUUGGACAAUUGCCAUCACGUUUUGAGAGAUUCCCGUUACAAGCUCGAUCAACAAAAUCUCGACAAAAAAAAUCAUUUGAUGCCUCUGCUAAACGAAUUCGAGCAAAACGAGUACCAUCAUUAAUAAGUGUAACACAAGAAUCGGAUGAUACUAAAAGUUGCUCUAUACGAACACCAUCAAAAUGGUUUGAAAAGUCAAAAAUAUUUGCAGAUCAAUCAGAAUUAGAACAACCAGUACAAACAAAAAGUAUUGUUAUUCCCAUAUCUUCCACUAUGCUAAAAUCAUCUGGCGCAAAUGUACCAACAACAGAAGCGCCAUUAGCAUCAAAAGCAAGCACGACAAAAAAAGUUUCAUCAAUUUCUGAUACAUUAAUUAAAAAAAAAGGAUCUAUGGAUGGUCAAAAAGGUGGAACUUCAAUAAUGAUUGAAUCGAAAGAUGACGAAAAUCUUACCAUUCAAUUAAAUAUAAAUUUACAAGUGAAAAAUAAAGAUGGUAAAUUAAGUGAAAAACAAAAGCUAAAACCGGAACGUAUACUGAUAAAUGAUCGUGAAGUAUACCGGAAAAGUGAAAGCUAUCAUUUAUAA